AUGAUGUGGUUGGUGCAAGAGGUGGAGAAGGGUUGCUUGAAUAUGGUAAAUACUGGUUCGUUAUUUGCGGGAAGUGUUGAGUCUGACAGUAGUUCCUAUGGUGAUUCAUACUAUUACCAGAGUGGGUCAAAGCCCAAAUUGAACCAGGAAGACGUGGUCUAUGAUGUUGGUAAGAUAGUCAACAUAGAGGAUACUGCGAAGGCAGACAAUGUUAAAAUUUUGAAUACAAGCUCAGUGAAAAGAUAG